AUGUCAUCAUGGCUCUUUGUUGCCAUGCGGCAGGAUGGACUCGAAGAUCCUCAAACUCGCAAUCCCAUCCAGAUCAACGAACUCAAAUCCCACGCCACUAGAUUUGCCCAUGCCAAACUUAGGCAGAAGCGAUUGAACGCGCUGAAAGGGAGCUUGGUUCAUUUCCCAACAACGCAUGUAUCAAAAGAACAGCGUGAAACCAAAACCCCUUCAACGCCACGACAACGUCCAUUACAACCACGGCAAUCCAAAGCUGAAACAGAAACAUCGAACAAACCCGGUGCUCUACCCUUGACAGUGCUAGACUUUGGUGAACCCAACCCUUUCUGUUCACAACACAUGCAUGAGAUCCCACCCAUUAUGCAGGACUGCCUAGAUUAUGGCUACAAUGUGCUUUACCCCACGAAUUGUCCGGCGAUACAGGGUGAAUUACUCCAGUCGACUGUAAAGUCGUGGCGCAGACACGCAAUGGAGACUCCAGUUGUUUUCUACUCCCAAGUCUCGAAUAUUGCGACCCUUUGUUUAGCCAUGGCCACUGACCCUGCAGUCAUGAGAACCUUGUCCACCAUCAGAGUUCUUUACCAAGCAAAAGCAAUAUCUUUAAUCCAAGAAGCACUUGCCCAGCUGGUUGGGCCGCCCUCCGUCGAGCUCCUAUCUUGCAUUAUGAACAUACAUGGACAAGGAACUCAAAUGUACGAAUCCUGUCCAAAUCAAUCAGUACCCGAGUCGCCCAUCUUCAAAGGAUUCAAUCUCAAACACUAUGGUAGAUUUGCACCUGCUCGGGCCCACUUUCCUGCUUUGGUACUGCUGGCUUUCCCCAUAAAGAGAGACUCGCACAGAGAUGCAGAUCUUUGUGCGGCCAAUAUCUCGUUGACAACCCCAACAUUCCCGCUCCUCUCGUCGAUAGCCGAGACGGCUGAUAUUCAGAAGGGUAUGUUUGAUCUGGCAGCAACCAAGCUCCUAUCGACUCUCGGGACCGGGUUUUACCUUCGUGACAGUGGUGUCGAUCUUGAGCUGCAUCGACUCUUAUCAGUGGCAUGUCACCUCAUUGUGGCAAUUGACGAAUUCCAGCGAGACGCACCAGGCGCUUACCCGUUGUCAAUCCUCGCGGUCAAAGCAAUCGCGCUACAACACCGCCUUUUAAGCCUUUCCACACAAUCACCAGUAUCCUUAGACCUCAGUGCUGGUGGCUUGGAGGAAUUCAUCUUUCAGAUCGUCCGCCUUGCGACCUUCAUCUUCAGCGAUUUUGUUUUCUUUCCUACAUCGGAAGCUCGGAAUGGUAGACAGCUGCUUGCGACGACCUUGAAAGAACACUUGGUCCUCGGUUUUAGAUUAUACUCCUUCCAAAUGUCUCAAUCAACCACGUUUGAGCAUCUGAUCAUCUGGUCCUUGACACUCGGCGGUGCGGCCUCCUCCAGCACGAGCAAUCGAGAAUGGUACGUUCAACGACUUUUCGAGCGCAUUUUCGCGCAACACGUCACUUGGGAUGGACUACAAACUAUCCUCCAAACGUUCUUGUACUAUGAUUAUGUACUCGACAAAUCUACCACAAAUCUCUGGGUUGAAGUGUUUCAGUCUUUACAAGCGGAAUCUACUGCUGGUCCGAGUAUCUUGAACAUCGAGCUUCUUGCUUGA